AAAGAAUUUUUAACCAAUAGUUUCGGUUAGUACCUGUUAAGUCUAAACACAAAUAUAUUGAUAUAGUCAAUUCACAAUUUAGCCACGGAAAGAAAAUUAAAAUGUACAGAUUGGACAUAGGAUAUUAAAAACCUGAAUGUGAUCAUACCCGCUGGAAAAAUGGCUAAUUCAAGAAAAUCAGUUAGCUUAAAAAGAUACAAAAAUCCAUUGAGAUAAAAAAAGCUCUAGAAAUACCAGCUAAAAUUUUUUAAAAAUAUAUCCAUCUUCCGAACGUCAAGAGUUUGUCAAGCCAAGCUCGUUAAAGAACUGUUCAGAUUUGGUUUCUCUCACAUACCCUGGAUACUACUUCGUGCGCCUCGUUUUAUUUUUUUUAAUUCAAGCCUAUGUAAGCUGGAUUUGUCUGCAUUCAGUAUCAAACUGAAGUUACUGGAGUCGAACUCUGAAUCCGUCUAUGGCCCGCGUGGCAGGCGCUUGAAAGGGAAGGGAAAGUGGGUGUUUUGGGGCGGCCCCCUCGCGUUUCUUUCGCGCUCAAAACCCCCUUUCAGUUCCCUUUCAAACGCCUGCCACGAACCUAAUCGAACUCACUCAAAGUUCGAUUUAAUUACUUUUUUUUCUGUGAGAGUUCGAUUUUUUUCGAUCACCGAACUUAAUCGAACAUUAUCGGUCGAUUAAGUUCGAUUAAAAAACGAUCGCGGAUUUACUUCAAGUGGUUACGCCGAGAUUGGUAGAGGAAAAGUUUGAAAGCAGAUUUCAUCAUCCUCUGACUUGUAGCAACCAGCUUAACAUAACUUUUAGUACAACAGUCCAUUGUCAUUGAGAACCGUAUUUAUAAAACAAGAAAGAACAAGAAAGGCGGGAAAACACCAGAAGUCAAAGUUCAAUCACAGAGUCAGCUCUGGCUGCGUUUUGUUGUAUUUUGUUAGUAACCGGGGACCGUUUUUCAUUGAUCUGAUCAAAGUCCGUGGUUUUCACUUCACCCCGGUGCUCCAAACCCACCCUUGGCUUGGCCUUGCUCGCUUGAAAAACUCGAAAAAAUAACUCAUGGGGCUGCAGCCUACAGGAAUAUGGCCAACGAAAACAGCCCUCACUACCCCAAACACGUUUCUUGUUGUCUAUCCCUAACCUUCCAUCAGAAAAAAGAUUUGCACAUAGAAGGAAGAGAGGCUACAUAAAAGUAAAUGCGCUAAAAGUACAGCAAUUGAAUUCCUUGAAACUACCAAACAAACAAACAAGUAAAAAAAAAAAACAACAACCUUAGCUCACGUUCUUCUCCUAACCAUCCGGCUCACAAUCUCCGACAAUCUCCGACGAUCAUCCUCGACGGACCCUCGGCGGACCGCCGGCGUGUUUUUGUACUCUCCCCAGGUUUCUCUCACAAUUCAAAAUCAAGAUGGCGGCGGAUGUGUGAAUCUGUGAAUCCUCCAGACAGGCCAUUUCUUGGUUGCAUUUUCCCUCGUGUAAUUUGAUCAAGGCGGAAAUAUCUUGCUACUUAAGGUAAGACAAGCUUUCAGUACAUUAAGAAUACGUUAGUCACACAGGUUACACAGGACAUUGCCGUCCUCUUGCGAAAUCUUUCAGUGACACUGCAAUGGGUUUUGAAGGUGAUAUAGAUCAUGAUCGCAUCGAUCACUUGAUUUAAACUGCACUCGGUAUUUAGUCAAGCAUAUAAUUCCGAUUGUAGCGUAACUGGGCCGAUAAACCAAUUUAUUUCUGUUCAUUUUACACGCCCUGCUGUAGGCUUCGGAAGUUGAUCUAAAAUGUGCGAACAUAGAAGUGUCCUUUACUGCACUUUGACUGAAAAUAAAAUAAUGUUCUAUGGAGUAACUGUUCGUUCUGCUAAGGGCAUCUCUUACUUUAAACAAGACAGCAGAUUUUAUCCCGUGUUAUUUUCUGAUCAACUCUCCACUGUAAUAUAUCUCUUAGUAGCGUAUGCAACAUCACUCCUUCCAGCCUGAGUGAUUUUUAUCUCAUCUCACAACAAAUCAAGUGACUUCGUUUCAGGUGUAGGAAACUACAAUCGCCAACAAAAUUAUUGAGGCAUUUUACUCAACUAGUGUAAUAAGUACAGAGAAGAAAAGAAUCUACCUCCCUCCCCACUCGCCUUCAUUCAAAGUUGCAGUUUUUGUUGCUUUAACUGUAGGUAGCUCGAACAGCGGCACAACAUUGCAUGGAGGGGAUGGGGGAGGGAAAGCUUUAUUUCCCAUUUAGAAGUCAGUAAAGCAUAGGCUUUAGGGUAAGGUGUCUCAACUACGUUGUAAUUUUGUCACCAAUGGUAGCUGUAGAUUGUAGCAAAACACACUUACCUCCACUUAAGGAAAGGAUAAGAAAAAUAGAGCAGUUUAUUGAAUGUUGAUUAAUUAUGCAAAAAUCGUAAUUGAAUAUGAUUUAUGGGCAAAUGUUCCUUUUUUUCACUCUAAUGAAUGGAUCUUUGCGCUAUUGAUUGCCGUUUUAUGCAAUUAAAUACAUGUUUUCUCGUAAUAAACAGCAAAAGGUGUAAUUCUCAUAAACUUUUCUUUUGAUGAUGCAUGGAUAUCGUUAGGAGAAAAUUAAUGUUGGUCACUAUUGCGACUUAAAGCGAAAUUUGUUGUAUCCCGCUGUGCAUUUUGCAUAUUUUGGGUUUUUGUGUUCCCUCAAUCAUCUUCGUAAGGAAAUUUAUAUUUACUUGCACAAGUUCAAAAGGUCAUGGUUUGUCAUUUGUGAUUGGUGGAUCUCGAUUUGUUUUGUUUGUUUCCUAUUACAAGGCUUGUUGCUUUGUGAUCGUCCUGUUUUGGGCAAUAAUCGACUAGUUAAGUUUGCUUCGCAAAGUUUUAUGAUCUUUCUCAAUCUUGUCACUUGCAAGAAUAAAGCAAUUUCUGUGUCCUUCCUUCUACAAAAAAUCCACUCACCAUCGCGAUUUCCUUCACUAUUCUUGAGCAGUGGGAGUCAUUCUCAGCCAAGCUGGGCGAACACAUUACAUUGUGAUUUGCUUUAACCUCGCCUCACUAAAAUGCAUGAUUGACGGAACAGAAAAACCCAAAAUCCGUUCUAAGUUUGCAAAAUGUGCCGUGCAAUACAACAAAUUACCCUGUAAAGGGUUAAGAAAGUGUCUAUGUCUAUGUCUAAAUGAUCUUGAAUAACCGCCAUGAAGAUUUUCAAAAACUGAUAUGUUUUUGCAAGCCUUUCAAGAGUUUCCACAAAACAUACAGCAAAAAAUAGGGAGGAGCAGAUAACGCUGAAUAAAUGAUAAAAUAAACCUUUAAUUGUACCAUUUGUGUUCGUAGCAAGAUAGAAAACACUACAAACUUGCAAAAUUAAAAAUAAAAUACUUUUUGUCAUGUGUAAAUGAAAUCUCUUGCUUUCCCAUGCAUCACGACUUUGUAUCAUUUUACUACAUGCAAUAGUGACCUAAUAUUUCUGAUGCUGGGGAAAAGGUCUUGAUUUUAUUAUUGACAGUUUUUCUAAGGCUAUGAAAUUCAUUUGUCUCCAUUUUGAGACAAGCAACUUGAACUACAGUCUGCAGCAAGACAAGUGCUUGUUUGUUUACGUUUUAUUGGCGGAAAUAUUUUUUCCUAUGGCUGAUGACCAAACAUUUUCUGUUUUUGCUUCAAAAGAGCAGAAUGAGAGGGAAAUUUUUUUGUUAAUUUAACAGGAGUUAUCCUGAGAAUUAUGAUUUUCAUGCACCUGUUCAGGCUUUUUGUUUCAUAUUUUGGUUGUCUAUAAGUAAAUUGUAGGAGCCUCUGGUGACCAGGCCCCCAUUAGGCAGUAGCCUUGACACUGCCUAGUGCAAAGCAUGUAAACACAUACCUUGACAAGUAUAAAAACAGUUUUGAUAGUUCAAAAGUUAGACUUCAUACAAAAAUACUGAGUCAAUUUUCCAAACUUUAAGAUAAACCUUUCGUUUUUCCUUUUUUUUAUCUUUGCAUAUGCAACUGUACAUGCAAGUGCUCUUGGCUUUACCGUUUGUUGUUUUUGCGAAUGGUUGUUUUUAUUUUUCUUGAGAAAUAGCCUGCAGUGCAGGUGUUUUCUUUGAACGUGCAAUUUGCUCGCGAAAGCGCCAUGUUGAAACUUCCCAAGGAGAGGAGGAGAUGGGGCGAGUCAAAGGGAGCAGGGAGGGGGUGGCGCAUCCUCGGAGACCCAGGAGCAGAUAAAGGGGGCGAGGGAAAUUCUAAACGGGCGGAAAAAUAUGUAUGGAACAAUGAAAAGUAAAGAACGGCGAGAAGAGCGCCUGGGCACAAUGUCUUACCAGACCAGUUCCAAAUGGUCGCUGCUUUACUGGCUUCUGAUUGGUGCCUGAAAACCAACCAGAAGCCAGAAGCCACCUACAGACUAAGAACAAGGGUGGCCACUGGACUCUUACCAAGAGUAAGAGAAUAAGCCAAUUCCUAGAAUAAACCCUGUUACUCUUUAGACCAAAUAAAUGAGUGAUAGGUGGUAUAACCCUUUAAGCUUCAAGAUCAACAUGGAAAUCCUCCACACUGGCCUCCAUACAAUUCUUGAAAAAUUGGUUGAGAGAAUUUGUUUAAAGAUCAAAGCAUAUUUCGUUUAAGUGAUCAUUUUAUUCAUUCUCAUAACCUUUCUACUUGAUUAUAUAGUGAUGUUGUUUAAGGAAAAUUGAUGUUGAUCACUCCUGGGACUUAAAGGGAUAAAUAAAUCCGACUGUAACACUUCAUUUGCACUGAUCUUGUAUGGAAGUUGCGAUUUAUUUUUGAUCUUCCAAUUUCAUGUGCUUGAGUGUUUCCACUUUCCAUUCUAGUGUUAUUACGAAGAAUCAAUUAUUGAUACCAUUUUCUGGCUGUUGUUUGGUUGUUUGUCUGUUCCUGGUCCAAAACAGGAAGUAGGGAACCAUUACUUCAGUCUGUUCCUUCCCCUUCCUUUUUUGUGUUAAUUGUUGCAUUUCACAGCAAAUUAAAUAACCCUGCACCCUCUCAAAUAAUCCUCCCUCUCUGUUAAGCCCCCCCCCAUCAAACAUGCUUGAAAUGAAAAGGCCCCAGGGAGUUUAACAGCGGAUUUAUAGUACAGGCUUUAAUACAGGUUUCACUAUAUUGUCAGUAUGAAUGCUGUAUGAUGAACCUUACUUACCAUUAUUUUUAAAGUGCGUUAUUUUACAAAGCACAAAGAACUCUCAGAUCCAAAUACAAAGUCAGCAAAUAAUCAACUGACCCAUGUUAAUGGAUUCUCCAGUUUGAAGAGUUCAUAUAAAAUUUUAGGUAUCUAAUCAGCUGGUUUAUUGUGUGGAACCACUUUUUCAUGAGCAGGUGUCUUAAAAGUUUUCUAAUUUUCCACAUGUCCCUGACAACACCACUUUUAAACUACUCACUUCAGGCCUCUCACCACCAGGCCCCAAAGGUUAUGCUGGCGGCAACAAAACAAAUAAUGUGUAUUUACCUAAUUAUGGUUCUUCAUCUUUCCAAAGGUAUCCUAACUGUAAAACCUUUAAAUCAGAGCAACCUCAAUGUCCUUUGAGUGUCAGCAGUGUGGCAAGUGUUUUAACAAUGCAGGGCACUUUAGGGCUCAUGAAAGAGUUCACACUGGGGAAAAGCCAUAUCAAUGUAAACAGUGUGGCAAGUGUUUUAACCGAGCGGGACACCUAAAGAGCCAUGAAAAAGUUCACACUGGGGAAAAACCUUCUGGAUGUAAACAGUGUAGCAAGUGUUUUAGACAAGCAGGAGACCUAAGGAGGCAUGAAAGAGUUCACACUGGGGAAAAGCCAUAUGAAUGUAAACAGUGUGGCAAGUGUUUUAGCCGAUCAGGAGUCCUAAGGAGACAUGAAAGAGUUCACACUGGGGAAAAGCCUUACGAAUGUAAGCAAUGUGGCAAGUGUUUUAGUGAAGCAGGAAACCUAAGGACUCAUGAAAGAGUUCACACUGGGGAAAAGCCUUAUGAAUGUAAACAGUGUGGCAAGUGUUUUAGUGAAGCAGGACACCUAAGGACUCACGAAAGAGUUCACACUGGGGAAAAGCCCUAUGAAUGUAAACAGUGUGGUAAGUGUUUUAGCCAAGUAGGACACCUAAAGGGCCAUGAAAGAGUUCACACUGGAGAAAAGCCGUAUGAAUGUAAGCAGUGUGGGAAGUGUUUCAGCCAAGGAGUAUGCCUAAGGACUCAUCAAAGAGUUCACACUGGGGAAAAGCCUUAUGAAUGUAAACAGUGUGGCAAGUGUUUUAACCAAGCAGGAAACCUGAGGAGUCAUGAAAGAUUCCACACUCAGGAAAGGUCACUUAAAUUUUCCCAGAAAAACAAAUGUCUGUCCAAACGAUUGGAAUCCUGUAAACGGAAGAGAGAAGGAAGUGAAAACGUUGAUGUCAGGGCCGCAGGCUUUACAGAGAUCCAGCAGACACAGAGAGAAACCGGAAACAAUGGUGUAACCAAAGCACAAUCGGUCAUUAUUGAGAAACACAGCUGUUGGAUUUGUCAAGAGGAGAUGAGUAGUGAGGCUCUUCUUCUUCAACAUUAUGAAAAUCACAUGACCUAUGUUUGUGACGAUUAUUCUUGAAGUUAAAAAACGGUUUGGUUCUUUUAAGUUCUUCUCUUUUGUUUGUUUUUUCGGUGCUUUUAAAACAUUUAUUAUUUCUGCAACUCUUAAAGUUUCUAUUGGUUUUUUUUAGAGCAUCUUGCUUUUAUACUUGCGGUUCAUUUGAUGUGCAUGAUUGUCAAGUUGGAAUAAACGAUGAAGGGACAACUUCUGCAUUAAUUCUUCCAUAAAGGAAAAACUGGAUUUAAAUCAAAGUCUUAUUGCCUCUUAGUUUAGUCUGCCACUGAGCCGUGUUUAGUGUCUUCACGCAACGCUCCUCCCGACAAACGGUUUGUCGGAGGAGCGUUGCGUGACGGCACUAAAACGGGCUGUGUAGCAGACUACUCUUAAUUUUAAGCGUUACGUUUGUACCUGACCACUUAUAGAAAACUAUAACUUCUCAUGAUAUGAAUGGAAAGAAACUUUUUUCUUACAAUGUAAAAAAGGGCUUUCUUACUUUCAUCCAUAUACUACAGUCUUGUAUUUAUGAUGUUCUCAUGGCCGUGGUUCCUGGAACUCUCCAGUAAUUUUAAUAACUGUUACCCCUAUUAAAGAAUGCCAGUCACUUAUCAAUGACUUUUGAGAAUAUUUAUUGGUGUUGAAAGGCCCUAUGUAUUAAGUCGGACAGUAUAAAGUGCCCCAUUCCAGUAACUUGGUUGAUACUACUACAACUUUAUAGUCAACUUAAUAAUUCCAAGAAAAUAAAAGCUAGUAAUUGGUGGUUCAAAUCCGAUUGUUAAUGCCUUUGAUCUCUUGGCGAGUUUUGUUAGUCCUUGUCUGGUAACCACUCUAGCUGAGAUCAAACCCACUUCACACCAAUUUAUCUGUUAUAAACAACGAAAAUUAAACUUUUCCAGCUAAAUUGGAACUGUUUUUCUGAUUAUUUAGACAUUCGCAGCGACGGAGAUUUCUUGUUACACCAUACAGCGCAUGCCGUGUAAGGGACGCUAUCGUAUUUCUAUCGUUAAAGCGUUUUCUUGUGGACAGGCGAAGACGAUUGAAAUACGUUACGGUUUUGGGUUCCGUUCCUUUUGACCAAUCUACAUCCGGAUUUUGCGAUCCAAACUUUGAUUUCUCAUUGCAUCAAGGACUAAACCAAUCUAAGAUUGCAAUCUGAACGAUCCACCUCCGUACCAGCGCCGUAGCUAGUAUGAGGCCAACCGAGGCACUCGCCUCGGUAAAAUUUUGACGAAUUUCGCCGAUCAUUUUUAUUUUACAUAAGCGAUCAUCGGAUAUUUUUAACGCAUCAUGAUAUUACAAAGAAUUCAGCAAUUCAGUCAAUAUACUAUGAAAAAAUUACCAUAUCAUCGAUCUCAAGGGGCUACGUACGUUAACUCAAAUUUUUUUUGAACAAAUACUGAUCAAAACCAUUGGCGAGGUUAACGGUCACCCAGAUUAUGUAGCUUGUUUCUGAUUAUUGCUUUUUAAAUUCCACUUAAAUUAACUCGAAAAAAAGUUACCGAAAGGCCCAGAAAACGCUGCAAAUCGCAUUUCCGAGAGACUAAAGUUCAAAAUUUCUCGAAGGGAGGGGGGGGGGGCAUGCCCCCGAACCCCUCUAGCAACUCCGGCCUGCCUCGGUUGGCCGUUUGGUCUGGUUACGGCACUGCGUACUUGGAUCGUUCAGAUUGGUACUUUAUUGUUACCUCCCCAAAGGGGCUUUUCAGGAACAAUGAUUCUAUUACAUUAUUUAUAAUAACUAAUUACAACACUUAAUCUAAUACUAAUUACAGUGUUAGCUUAUUACUAAUUACAAUUUUUUAAACUUAACUAAGAAGUAUUUACAAAAUUAUCUAAAAGCUGGCUCCUUAAAGAACGUUUAAAAAUUUCAACAGAUUAAGAAAAGAUUCCAAAUUGUUCCAAAGUUUAACAGUCCUGUAAUAAAAGGUUCUCUGUCCGGAGGCAGUUCUGAAAAGAGGGAUGUUUAGGUUUUGGCUACUCCGAUUUUCUCACCGAUUUAAAGCUGUCCAAUGUGUGUGUACAAACCUUAACCAAAAAGGACUGCAAAGGACCGCAAACGAAUAUGCCGAAGAACGUAGGAACUAUAAAGACCUGAUCAGCAAAAAUGAUAAGUAGACAUAUUUAAAUUCCGCAAGCACAAUACUGCAAUGCUGAUCGUACUACGUGAAAAUUAACUCUGCAAGGCAUCAACGCGACACCGAAAGAACCAAAAACAGAGCGGGAUUGUAGCUGUAGACAGCUGAAUGGCCCUUUUUGGGGCUCGUCAGCAUGGUGUAACGACCAGAGAAAGCUCUGAUGAAAACUAUCCGCGCACUCUGAUUUAAGCCCUCACCUAGAACUCUCAACACUCACAGAACACGUCAUACCACAUGUCUUCUGGGGGGCAAGAGUCCAGUGUUUAGAGCCCAGUGGGGGACGGGCGGGGCGGGUACUCCGCAGUUUAAGUGACAGGGAUUAUCAAAUGGAAAAAAAAUCAACUCCCCCCCCCCUAAAAUUCCUAGGGCUUCAAACGAAACCCAAAGAACUUCCUGGAUCAAAAUUUAACCCGCAAAAAACUCCCGUGCCCAGCCAUAAAAAUUUCCAAGAAGCGUUAAAUGACAUAACUAUCAUGAAUCUUCAGAUUGUUUUCAAUACCCAAAACAAUCCUUACUUAAAUCAAACUGCCCAAAAAAUAUUUGCAAAAUUUUCCUAUCCAAACAAAUCCCGAAAUCGAAAAUUUCCAAAAGAAAUCAUUUGAUCAUCCCUGUCCGGCUGUAUAUCUAGAGUAUUCCCCCUUCCCCAGCCCGCUGGGGCUUAGAGCGCGCUUCUCAGCACUUGAGAAUUAGUAAUUGUCUUCUGAAUGUUCUUGAAUCAAAUUCCAGAUAUUUUAAGUUGACAAGUGGCAAUAGUAUGAACCACCACUAGUUAAAGAGCAACGUUCGUUUCCAUUUCUCCACUAAGAGGAGACGCUGAGUUUUGCGGAAAGUGUUGAAAUUGAGAAGGAGAUCCGAGCCUCAGGCAGCUGCUGUAUGAUCCAGUUACCGUAUUUAUUCGAUUAACCGCCCUAGGCGCUUAUUAAUUUUUGGAUCUUGAGAAUUGGCGCUUAUUCGAGGUGGGCACUUAUUUGAGGCUGGGCGCUUAUUGAAUUUUCACCAUUUUAAGCGAGUGUAGUAUGUUUAUUUUGCCACAAAACAAGAAAUAAUAACAACAAAACGAGAAGAUGUAACAAUGCAAGGCUUCUGUAAAAUACUCUGACGAAAAAUCCGUCUUCGGGGAAGUCUCUUAUUUGUACUUAUUCAUUUUGUUGUGUGUCGUGGGAGGAAGGGGGGUAGGGUAGGGGUAGAGGGUGGGUGCUUGUUUGAGUUUGAGUGGGAAUGGGAGGGCCGGUGGGGUGCGGGUGGACGCUUAUUUGAGGCAGGGCGCUUAUUAACUUUUCCUGCCUCUUGGAUGGGCGCUUAUUCGAGGUGAGCGCUAAUUCGAGUUUGGGCGCUUAUUGGAAUAAAUAUAACUUUGUUCCGGCUGGCACGAAAAUCCAAACAAUCUGGAUUUUUUGGACGCGUACUGUACGGAUAUUAGGGUGUGAUAGCCAAGAUUAGACAAUUUUGUAAUCGUUUUGAAAUUUUGAUAUCAACACAAUUAAUUUUGAAAAUGAGGCAAAGUUUACAGGGGCAGAUCUAGGGGGAGGGUGUAGGGGGUGCGCACACCCCAACCUCGUCCCCAGGGCUUUUCCCUUAAAAAAUAUUUUUUAAGGGAAAAGCCCUGGGGACGAGGUUGCGCCCCCCCCCCCCCCCCCGCUAAGAUGACCUGCGGUUUUUCAAUACAACUGGUAUUCUGCAAAAAAAAAAACUAUGUGGUUUAUUGGUGUUGAAGUAGAGCAAGAGACGAGUGUACCCCCCUCCUAAGAAAAAUCCUGGAUCCGCCCCUGGUUUACGUUAGGUUUACAGAAAAAAAGCUUUGGUUUACCAUGUUUAUCACCGCCUCUCGCCGUGGUUUUCUUUUUUCAUCAAUCUAGUACUGACGACCUAAGAAGAUUAUAGCAAAACAAGUUUACCAGUUAUCUCUGAUUCUCCGCAUCUUGUAAACUAAAAUUAAAAGAUCGACAAUUUUUAACCUAUAGUUUCUGUUAAGUCUAAACACAAAUAUACUAAGAGACUUAUAAGUCAAUUCACAAUUCAGCCACGGAAAAAAAACUAAAACGUACAGAUUGGACAUAGGAUAUUAAAUAAGUGAAUGUGCUCAUAUCCGCUGCAAAAAUGGCUAGUUGAAGAAAAUCAGUUAGCUGAAAAAGAUACAAAACUCUAUCAGCUAAAAGCUAUUCUCGGUUUUCACUGUCACGCAAUCAAAAAUAAAAUUGCAAACCAUUCAAUACAGAAAGUCCCGAAUCUAGGAAAUAAAAGAAGAUAAAUAAACAAAAGGCCUCGCCAAGAAUCAGGUCUGUGCGAUAUUUCAUAUGCGAGAUAUUAGGAAAAACGUUUUACCCAAAUUUACAAAGCUUUGUAUGGCGACGCCAUGUUUGUGUCCCUUUGCGGGGCACAAAUAUGGCCGCCGGAAACCAACAGAAACAUCUGUUUUUGAGUUUUCCUACUAAUGAGUUAAUUCAUCGCUUGAAAAACUCAUAAACUAUUAAAGUGAUAUUUAUUCUGAGACAAGGAAUGUUUAGACAGCAAAAUCUCCCAAAACUGGUAAUGUUUUUAACCCACAUAAGAGCCGUUGUGGCCGCCAGCUUAAUGCCGCGUCACGCAAAAGCCUAGAAAUUCAAACGUCCUCUAUCGCAAAACGAAGAACCCUUUCGAACCAAACCUCUGUUUAAAUAAAGGCGUUUAGGUGCUGUAAUACCUCAUGAAACUCAGAAACUCAGAAGAAUCGAUAGUUUCUUAGUUUGAAUUUUGGUGACGUCAUGUGAAAACCGAGAAUAGAAAUACCAGCUGAAAUUUUUAAAAAAUAAAUCCAUCAUCCGAACGUCAAGAGUCUGUCAACCCAAGCUCCUGUAAGAACUGUUCAGAUUUAGUUUCUCUUACAUACGCUGGAUACUACUUCGUCUACAUCGUGCGCCUCCUUUUCUUCUAAUUCAAGACUAUGUAAGCUGGAUUUGUCUGCAUUCAGUAUCAAACUGAAGUUACUAGAGUUGAACUAAUCCGUCCAUGGCCUGCAUGGCAGGUUCUUGAAAGGAAAGGGAAAGGGGUUUUUUGACUCAAUUUUCUCCCCAAACAAAAGAAAAAAACCCUCUGGCACCCAGGGUACUAACCUCCUAUCUGAAAAACGAUUUGCACAUAGAAGGAAGAGAGGCUAAAUAAAAGUAAAUGCCCUAAAAGUACAGCAAUUGAAUUCCUUUGAAACUACCAAACAAACAAACAAGUAAAAAAAACCUUAGCCCACAUUCUUCUCCUAACCCUCCCAGCCAUGUCAUCCAGCUCACAAUCUCCGACGAUCCCCGACGAUGAUCCUCGAUGGACUCCCGGCGGACCCCCAGCGGACCACUACUCUCCCCAGGUUUCUCUCACAAUGCAGAAUCAAGAUGGCGGCGGAUGUGUGAAUCUGUGAAUCCUCCAGACAGGCCAUUUCUUGGUUGCAUUUUCCCUCGUGUGAUUUGAUCAAGGUGGAAAUAUCUUGUUACUUAAGGUAAGACAAGCUUUCAAUACAUUAAGGAUAUGUUAGUCACCCAGGGCACACAGGACAUUGCAGUCCUCUUGCGAAAUCUUUCAAUGACACUGCAAUGGUUUUUGAAGGUAAUUUUCAUCAUGAUCGCAUCGAUGACUUGAUUUAAACUGCGUUCGGCAUGUAGUCGAGCAAAGCAUUUUACACGCCCUGUAAGCUUCGGAAGUUGAGCUAGAAGUGUCCUUUAUUGCCCUUUGACUGAAAAUAAAAUAAUGUUCUAUGGAGUAACUGUUCGUUCUUCUAACUUAGGGCAUCUCUUACUUUAAACAAGACAGGAGACUUUAUCCCGUGUAAUUUUCUGAUCAACUCUCUACUGUCAUAUAUCUCUAAGUAGUCUAUGUAACAUCACUCCUUCCAGCCUGAGUGAUUUUUAUCUCAUCUCACAACAAAUCAAGUGACUUCACUUCAGGUUUAGGAAACUACAAUCGGCAACAAAAUUAUUGAGGCAUUGUACUCAACUAGGGUAAUAAGUACAGAGAACAAAAGAAUCCACCUCCCUCCCCACUGCCCGUCAUUCAAAGUUGCAGUUUUUGUUCUUUCCUAUAGGUAGCUUGAACAGCGGCACAACAUUGCAUGGAGGGGUUGGGGGAGGGAAAGCUUUAUUUCCCCUUUAGAAGUCAGUAAAGCAUCAGCUUUAGGGCAAAGUGUCUCAACUAACUCUGUCGCCGACUGUAGCUCCAGAUUGUAGCAAUACAAACAUACUUCCACUUAAGGAAUAGAAAAGAAAAAUAGAGCAGUUUAAUCUCCACUCCAGGCUCAACUCCCUUCCUUGGAACUUGCUUAAUCACAUCUAAGUAUUAAGCAAUUUUUAGUCACACAGUGUUGAACUGUUUAGGAGAUUGGAUUGGCUUCCACUUCACCUCGAUGUGAAGGUGGACAUCUUUGUUGAGGUUCACAAACAUAUUAAUGGGCAUAGCCCAGGCUAUAUGAGUGAUCUCUUGGUGUUAAAUUCAGACAUUAAUGAUCAAAAUAACAGAAAUAGCUCCUUAAACUUGGUCUGCCCUCACUUCAAGCGUGAAACCGAGUGUGGGGGGAGGGGGGGAGGGGGGGCGUACUUUUGGUGUAAGGGCAACAAGACUGUGGAAUGCAGUGCCAAAUUCUUUAAUUAAAGAAGAUUGAAUAUGUACAUAGUUUUAAAAAGGUCUAAUUGAAUUUUAAUGCAUCUUCUUAAUUUUCUUUGUUGUAAUUUUUGUUAUGUGUAUCUUUACUGCUGUAUUUUUAAUAAUGUUGUAAUUUGCAGAUUAUUCUAUGUAUAUUUUUAAUUGUAAUUGUUAACUGUUGUAUAAUGGGGGCGGCAGGUUUGUCAGUUCACUGUUUAGUGUCACCCUCUUUAAAUAAAGUUGAAACAUAAAUACAUUCAUACAUACAUAGUACAUACAUAUAUAGCUGAAUCCUUAAAAUUCUAAUGGUGUCUAUAGUAAUAAUGCAGUGUGAGUUGAAAGAAGGAAAACAAAAAUAGAAAAUCUAAGUAAACUUUUGACUACUGUCUAGAUUAGCGUUCUGAUGAAGUGAACGUUUAGCGGACUCAAUCCAUUAUUUCCUAAACGAGCUUACCUUGUCCGGCUUACUUGGGUGAAAAUAUGCAAUCUUACCUUCUUCUACUUCCUAGCGGCUUUUGGUUUAGGCAUUUGUUGUUUCCUGGACUCUUGAAUUGAUUGGCACUGACUUUGCACUAAUGACGUUACAAAUUUCUUGUCCCUGCUGAGACUCGUACAUUGAACCUGACUAGUAUAAGAGUUUAUAAGAGUUACGUCCGCCAACAAAUUUUUUCAUCAAAAGAAACAAAAUCCAGCUUGGUUUUUGAUAAUAUAUAUCCUGAAAAUAAUCAAGAUGUGCUGAGACUAUGUUAAACAUGGAAAAAAACUGUACAGAUGAGUGAUUUUAUUUCUCAUGUGGUGUCAAUAUUGUGGGUAAAAUUCUGUUAUAGUAUUUUACUAAGAAAUGUAUGGUGAGCAGGCCUUCAAAGCUGUUCAUAAAACGGUGCAUUUGGUUAAAUUUAUAGGUAAAAGAUUGUUUAAUUCCUUUUUUCAACUGCUUAUAUUAUGCCACUUAGUACUAAGGAUAUAAAGUACUGUAAGGUACCUAUGUACCUGGCCACACAACAACAGAACAAGCUUAUACAAUUUCCGGUUUGUGCUAAUGUUGGUGUGCUUUUCAGCUUAGAAAUUCUGCCACAGGCUGGUGAGAGCACAUGCACACUCGAUUUUCUCUUCAGCAAUAAUUUCGGUUUUGGAGUUUUGCACAGCCAGAAGUGUUAUGUCAUGUGUAGGUGCAUAGAGUGCUGUCUGACUAAGACAGGGCUAGGGAUUUGAUUUCAGUAGCCUUCUUUGAUCAGGUCACUUUAUUUUCUGAUUUUAACCAUUUAUUUGAGUCACCUAAGCCAGGUCUUGCUCCCUACAGCAGUAAUGCCUUUUAUACAUUAGAAUAAAGCUCAAAAAACAUUUUAGAAAUGCUCAUUGCGAAUUUUAUGAACAAUUUUCACGUCAGAAACGCAUGUUGCUCAUACAAAGGCUUUAAGUAGAAUGCACAGUUUGUCUGAAUCACACAGGGAGUCUAAGGUGACAAAACCUAUUUUAGUAAUACUGUCAGUUGCAGCUAAGUGUGUACACGUGAGGAAAAAACAUGUUGUAAUCGGAGGCAAACGUGACAUGUUUUGCCCCCAAACAAUCAAAGUUUGGAGUAGGUGGCUGUUGUCGACUUGAUUUGUUUUCGCUAAAAAAAAAUACAUGUAUCUUUUGCAAGAAUUUUUAGACGUUAAGAAUAAUUUCUGGAGGCAAGUGUGCUGUUUCUAAGCGAGAAAAUGUGUGAAGGUUGGGAAAAAUGAAAUAUGAGCGGAACGCGCUGAUCAAAAACAUAUACACAACUUAACUUUGGCGCGACAGUUUGCUUUAACGGUUGUCAAACUUCAAACGUUUGGCGACAAAAUACGUCAUGUCUGGCGCCCUAUUAGAUCAUGCUUUUUGUCUCGUGUCCAUGCUUAGAUGCAACCGACGGUAGUGCAAAGCGCUAUUGAUUUUGCGAGAUCUCCAAAAAUGUGGAAUCGUUGUCUUGAAGAGAUUGGCCAAGUUGUGCUUUACUUUGCCUAUCACCAUAACGAAGGAGGCGAGCAAUUAUGAUUCUAGGCUUUUUUGAACUUUUUUUCCUCCAAGGUGGUGAAACCUCUGAAAUUCAAUUUCCUUGUGGGAAUCAGUCUUCGGGGUCGAUGAUAGAAACAAGAGCAGAACUGACGCCGUGUCUUCAAAAUUACCUUCUCUAACUGGAACUUUUUUGAUACCUUCGAAAAGUUGAUUUUCCCGGCUUCUCAAAUAGGCUUCUUGGUAGGCAAGUUCUUUAUUUAGGCGAGCUUUCAACCCCUCAAAGGAGGAACAGUGAAACUACAUAUAAGGGUUGUCAGAAAGUCUUGAAGUAGAUGGCUGAGUUGUCAAAGUAAGUGGCCAGUCCAGGGAUAUUUUAUUUAAAAAACGCCAUCUGUAAAGAAAUGCCAAGCAGAGUAGCUGGCUGAUACUAACCAAGUAGGCGGUGAUUUUCACUGACAGCCGGCUAAUUUUGACAACCUUGGCAUACUUGCCCUCACUUGCCCUCACCUCACCGAUAUCUGUUGUUUUGACCAUUUCCAUUCUUUAGGGUUUUGUUGGUUAGAGAUUCUAGUUAGUCCAGUUUUCCCAGUUUCUCAAAUACAAGUUUCAAAUUUUGAGCAAUAUAUUCUGAAGAUUUAUUGCUGUUUUCCAAGUAAGCAUUUGCACUGAAUUUGUGUCUCUUGUCGACUGGAGAGGAUGUUAAGCUGCCUUCAGUGGAGCUACCAGACUGUCUGCCUUUUCUUCUACUAUUAGUGUAGGUUUUAUCCAUGUUAAGCCUAGGAAAUUAAUACCAUGUGAUGGAACUUCCCAAAGCAGGUCUUAUUCCAUUGCCGUUGCUAACCUCCUUUGCAGUAGAAGAUUUGAUUUGGGGUUGAAGUAAACACUCCAUGUCUGUGGUGUUUUGUAGCUGACGGUGUUCUUUUAAAGAGGGCUCGAAAUUGUGACUGAUACAGUCGCCAAUGCGACUAACAUUUUCUCCUUGGCGACUAAAAAUUCUGGUUUAGUCGCCAAAGUGGCGACCAGAUUUCUCUAUGAUUCAGAUUUAAAUUAAAAGAGUAAACUUAAAACAAACAUUUCAUCUUAUCUUGUUUUGCUUUCAUCAUAAAAAAUGUGCCAAAUCACAUAAACAAAGCCAGUUUACCUCCAAAUUUAUACCGACUUCCAUCCAUGAUAUUUUCAAAUCUGGUGGAUUACGCCAUGCUAUGCAGGGCUUCUGAUAGGUUGCGGAAAAAAGUCAAAUUUUACGGGAUUUUUAGGGACAAAUUCGCAGAAAAAUCGGCUGAAUUUUCGCGGGAAUUUACGGGGCAAACUUUGCGGAAAUCCAUUGGUAAAAAAAGGCUGAUUUUGUGGUUAUUGUCAGGGAAAAUUUCGUUAGAGGUCAAUCGGUUUUGCGCUGAUCGGACCAGGGUUUUUAACGUUUUUCUAACAGAGAGCAUCAUUUCCUCUUUCAGCAACAAUACCCUCCAGAAAUGAACCAAUAGCAAGCUAGGCUAGUGCCCAGUUUUUCGCAACAUAAUCAUCCCUUACGUUUUGGGACGUUUGCAUGUUUCAAUGACAAAGUUUCAAGAUAAAUUUGGAAGUUUACGGCAAGUAAAUAGCCCCAAUAGCUGAGAUAAGUUUCAAAUAUGUAGUACAGACAUGUAUUUGAUAAGAUUCCUACUGAAUUUCCUGGUAUUUUGUGAAUUUUGCGGCUCCGCAACUGCGCAAAAUAUUAGAAGCCCUGACUAUGAGCUGCGUCAUUUUACAUUAUACAAACUGGCGACUAAAGAUUUGCAUCUGGUGACUAUAUUUCUCCAGCUGGACGCUAAAAGGCGACCUGAGGAAUUUUUUAAUUUCGAGCCCUGUUAAACUUAUCUAAGGACCAAAAACAGUUGGAAAAAAUGCAACAAGCAUAACACCAAAAUAAGAGUGAAUUUGAAUUCAUAUUCAUUAUUUCAGCUUAGUAAACGUGUAUCUGUGCCCUCUUUUUGAAAAAUGGCCACCUACAAAAUAACGAGGGUUCCCACAGGACACUUACUCAGGGACUCUUAUAAGCCAAUUUCUAGAAUAAACCCUGUUACGUUUCAGGCCAAAUAAAUAAGUGAUAGAUAGUAUUAAUAAAUCAUGACUAUAACUCUUUAUGUGGAGUGAUCCUGUAUGGUUUAUUCGUGAGCUGGAAGUUGCGAUUUGCUUUUUAUCUUUUUCUGCAUGACCUCUAAUGUCAUGUCCUUGAGUGUCUCCACUUUGCAUUCCAAUCUUAUUAUGGAGAAUUGAUGUCAUUUUCUGGCUGCUGAUGGUUGUUUGCUAAAUGUUCCAGGUCCAAAACAGGAAGGAGGCAACUGUUACUUUAGUCUGUUUCUUUGUCUCUUUUUUUGCUUUAUGCAUUUCAAUAAAUUAACCCCCCUGCCUCACUCUCUGUUAAGCACUCCCCAUCAAACAUGCUUGAAAUAAAAAGACUCCCCAGAUAGCCUCAUAGAGGAUUUAUGGUAAUGCAAGUUCCAAUAUUGUCUGAUGAAUGCUGCAUGAAGAGCCUUAAUUACCAAUUAGAAAUGUGUAUUGUAUUAUAAAUCACAGGGAAUAAUUUACUGCUUAGACUGGUACACACCCACUGAAGACGUUUUGAACACUUUCAAAUGAAAGCCUUUGUGGCAUUUUAUUUCCACCACCUACAUGUACUACAUGAAGCUCACUUAUGUUACUUAGCUAGGAGCGCUUGCCUUCCCCACUUAAUGUCUUAUUGGUUAAGCAUUAAACCAAAUACAGUUUAGGGAAUAAAUUAUCUUUCAAUAUGCUAACCCCAAAGACAAGAAGUCUGUUCAAAUGAAUAUAAUGUUAUGACUGGUUAUCUGUGGAACAAUUUAGAUAAUGAUACGAGAAAAAUUUCUUCUUGCGAGAAUUAAUUUUUAAACACUCUGUUAAGAAAUUGUCCUCCAGAUUUUCUGCAUUGUAAUCUUUUAGUACUAUUGCUAGUCUUUAUUCCGUUUUCAGCUUUUUUAAAUUCUUAAUUAUGUAAAUAGUUUUAUUAUUUUAUAAUUUUUCAUAUGACCACAUCAGCAUCGCUGUAAUCUUAUAGUGUAUAAAUAGAUCCUUUAGUUACUUACUUGCUUACUUACUUACCAACCCUCAGAUCCAAAUGUUAAGUCAACAAAUGAUUAACUGACCCCUGUCAAUGGAUUCUCAAGUUUGAAGGGUUCAUGUAAAAUUUUAGGUAUGUAAUCAGCUGGUUUAUGGUGUGGAACCACUUUUUCAUGAGCAGGUGUCUUAAAAGUUUUCUAAUUUUCCACGUGUCCCUGACAACACCACCUUUAAACUACUCACUUCAGGCCUCUCACCAUCUGGUCGAAAAGUUUAUGCUGGCAGCAACAAAACAAAUAAUGUGUAUUGACCUAAUUAUCGUUUUUCAUCUUUCCAAAGGUAUCCUAACUGUACAGCAUUAAAAGAAAAGCAACCUCAAUGUCCUUUGAGUGUCAGACGUGUGGCAAGUGUUUUAACAAUGAAGGACACUUUAUGGCUCAUAAGAGAUUCCACACUGGGGAAAAGCGUUAUGAAUGUAAACAGUGUGGCAAGUGUUUUAGUCAAGCAGCAAUCCUGAGGACACAUGAAAGAAUUCACACUGGGGAAAAGCCAUUUGAAUGUAAACAGUGUGGCAAGUGUUUUAGCUCAGCAGGAGACCUAAGGAAACAUGAAAGAGUUCACACUGGGGAAAAGCCUUACAAAUGUAAACAGUGUGGCAAGUGUUUCAGCCAAGCAGGAUGCAUAAGGAUUCAUGAAAGAUUACACACUGGUGAAAAACCUUACGAAUGUAAACAGUGUGGCAAGUGUUUUAGUCAAGUAGCACACAUAAGGAGGCAUGAAAGAGUUCACACUGGGGAAAAGCCUUACGAAUGUAAACAGUGUGGCAAGUGUUUUAGUCAAGUGGCACACCUGAGGAAACAUGAAAGAUUUCACGCCGGGGAAAAGCCAUUUGAAUGUAAACAGUGUGGAAAGUGUUUUAGCGCAGCAGGACACCUAAGGAUUCAUGAAAGAGUUCACACUGGUGAAAAACCUUACGAAUGUAAACAGUGUGGUAAGUGUUUUGGUCAAGCAGGACACCUAAGGUGUCAUGAAAGAAUUCACACUGGGGAAAAGCCUUUUGAAUGUAAACAGUGUGGAAAGUGUUUUAGCUUAGCAGGACACCUAAGGAUUCAUGAAAGAGUUCACACUGGUGAAAAACCUUACGAAUGUAAACACUGUGGUAAAUGCUUUCGCGAAGGAAGAAACCUAAAGACUCAUGAAAGAGUUCACACUGGUGAAAAGCCUUACGAAUGUAAACAGUGUGGCAAGUGUUUUAAGCAAGCAGGAGACCUAAGCAAACAUAAAAGAGUUCACACUGGGGAAAAGCCUUAUGAAUGUAAACAGUGUGGCAAGUGUUUUAGUGAAGCAGGAACGCUAAGGAUUCAUGAAAGAGUUCACACUGGAGAAAAGCCGUAUGAAUGUAAACAGUGUGGCGAGCGUUUUAACGUUGCACGAAACCUGAGAAAGCAUGAAAGA